UCUACCCAGGGCGACAGCUUGAGGCUCUGUCUCAAAAAAAAAAAAAAUAAUUUAAUUAAUAAUGAUCCAUAAAUUUUUGUGACACACCUAAGAUCUUCUCAGGGCACACCAGUUGAAAAUCACUGAUUUAGGGCAGCACCUGUGGCUCAAGGAGUAGGCACUGGCCCCAUAUACUGGGGGUGGUGGGUUCAAGCCCGGCCCCUGGCUAAAAGUGCAAAAAAAAAGAAAGAAAGAAAGAAAUCACUGAUUUAGAUAUUGAAGUUUCCCAGCCUUGUGUUCCUCUUAUCUUUUCACAGUACAUGGUCUUCUUGGGUGGCUUAAGUUCAAAUCUAUUGCUGAGCUCCAUAUCCGUGUGGUCACUUAAUUACUGGUUAGUAACUUUUGAACAUUUGAUAGACAAACACCCAAAGACUCAAACUCUCCUGUUCACUCUUGCCUUCUUUAUUCUAUAGGUUGGUGUGUGGUACUGUUGUCCACAUAGAUAAUGAAAAUUGUCCCCAAGUCUUUUAACAUACUGUCACCAUAUCCUUUUAUUUAUCUCUCAAAUCUGCUUUUUUCGACCCCUGUCUUUAUUCAGGUUCUCAUCAUGACUUUUCUGGAGAUUUCAAUACCCUCCUGUGAUCACUUUGCCUGCAUUCUAAUCCUCCUAGAGUCUAUCCUUUGUGCUUCCACCAUGUUAGUAUUCGCAAAACGUGACUUUCAUUCUUUUACUUAUUUGGUCAAAAAGUUCAGUAGCUUCUGUUAGCAACAGAAUACAGCCCACCUGCCUUUCCAGCCUUACCUCACCUUCUCCCCUACUUUCUAAUGCAGCCGUACUUGGUACAUUCCUUCUCCAUUUUUGUCUUUGCUUAUAACAUUUCUCUUGCCUGGAGUGCCCAUUCUCUUCCUGACCAGGUAUCUUGAAUAUUCCUCAAUCUUUUUUUUUUUUUUUUAAUAGGUAUGGCGUGCCCAUCCUCUUCCUGACCAGGUAUUUUGAAUAUUCCUCAGUCCUUUUUUUUUUUUUUUUCUUACUCAGGCUGGUCUUGAACUCUUGAGCCUCAGCCUCCCAAAGUGCUAGAAUUACAGGCGUGAGCUAUGUGCCUGGCAUAUUCCUCAAUCUUAAGGUCUGUCUUAUAUUCUGAUUCUUCCCAGAACACUGUAGUUCACACUAAUAACAGCCAACAUUUUCAGCGCACCUUGCAGUUUACAAAAUGCAUCUGCCUGAGAGUUCAGUAGUACCAAUCUCAUUUAUGCAUGAGAAAACUGAAGCACAGAGGAGUUGAGUGACUUGCCAGAGGCUCUAUAGCUGGUAGGAUCCAGAGCCUGGGCCUAGCCUGUAGUCUUGUCUCUCCAGAUCUCCUUUUAUCUCAGUGGCCACUCCCUCUCUGACCUCGCAGCAUUGUGGUCUUCAUCACUCCUCCAACUUUACUCACAUAGUGCAUAUGACCAGCAGAAAAGGGAGGGGGGGAGGCAAAGUCUAAGACAAGAUCAUCUUCUAUUUGACAUCAAAACUGACUAGGAAAUGCAUAAGAGAUGAGCUGAGUUACUAGAACCUACCCUUGAAAAGAGGAUCUAUAAAUGGAGAACUUACCUCCCGUCCUGGAUGUAAGCGAGUAUAUCUUUCUAGGGAUGUAAAUGAACAUUUUUUAAUGCAGUGCACUCCUACUGGGCAACCCAAGAUGGCCAGGAACUGCUCUGAGUGCAAAGAGAAAAGGGCAGCACACAUCCUCUGCACCUACUGCAACCGCUGGCUGUGUAGCUCUUGCACAGAGGAGCACCGGCAUGGCCCUGCCUCUGGGAGCCUGCUGUUUUCCCGGGCCCAAAAGGGAUCUCCAGGGGCAAAUGGUGGUUCUGGGGACUUCACCUUGUAUUGUCCUCUACAUACGCAAGAAGUACUCAAGCUGUUCUGCGAGACCUGUGACGUGCUCACAUGCCAUAGCUGCCUAAUGGUGGAACACAAAGAACACAGGUGCAGACACGUUGAAGAAGUUUUGCAAAACCAGAGGAUGCUUCUGGAAAGUGUGACAACACAGGUGGCACAUAAGAAAUCCAGUUUACAGACAUCUGCAAAGCAAAUUGAGGACAGGAUUUUUGAAGUGAAGCAUCAGCAUAGGAAGGUGGAAAACCAGAUCAAAAUGGCCAAGAUGGUUCUGAUGAAUGAGCUGAACAAACAGGCCAAUGGGCUCAUAGAAGAGCUGGAGGGAAUUACUAAUGAGAGAAAGCGGAAGCUGGAACAGCAGUUACAGAGCAUCAUGGUUCUCAACCGUCAGUUUGAGCAUGUGCAGAAUUUCAUCAAUUGGGCUGUCUGCAGCAAAACCAGCAUCCCUUUUCUUUUCAGCAAAGAGCUGAUUGUGUUUCAGAUGCAGAGAUUGCUGGAGACAAGUUGUAAUACAGAUCCUGGCUCCCCUUGGAGUAUCAGAUUCACCUGGGAACCUAACUUCUGGACCAAGCAACUGGCUUCCCUUGGCUGUAUAACAACGGAAGGUGGACAACUAUCUUGGGCAGAUACUCCUGCUUAUGGAGGCUUACAGGGGCCAUCAUCCUUUUAUCAAAGCCACCAAUCUCCAGUGGCUCAGCAAGAGGCUCUUAGCCACCCCUCACAUAAGUUCCAGUCUCCAACACUAUGCUCCACAUCUGUGUGCUGCUCCCACUGCUCCCCUGUGUCACCUUCCUUUAAAGGCCAGGUUCCACCACCCAGCAUACACCCAGCCCACAGCUUUAGGCAGCCCUCUGAGAUGGUGCCCCAACAGCUGGGCCCACUGCAGUGCUCCACCCUGCUGCCCAGGGAGAAAGAGCUGGCCUGUAGUCCUCAUCCACCAAAGCUACUACAGCCCUGGCUGGAAACCCAGCCCCCUGUGGAGCAGGAGAGCACAUCCCAGCGGCUGGGGCAGCAGCUGACUUCCCAGCCUGUGUGCAUCGUCCCACCACAGGAUGUUCAGCAAGGACCCCAUGCCCAGCCCACCUUACAGACACCCUCUAUCCAAGUCCAGUUUGGCCACCAGCAGAAGCUAAAGCUCAGUCACUUUCAGCCGCAGCCACAGCAGCAGCUGCCACCUCCACCACUCCCACCACCUCCUCCCCCACAGCAGCCACCCCCACCUCUGCCUGCAUCCCAGCAUCUGGCUUCUAGUCAGCAGGAGAGCUCUUCUGGGCCUGCCUGUUCCCAGAACAUGGAUAUAAUGCACCACAAGUUUGAGCUGGAGGAAAUGCAGAAGGACUUAGAGCUUCUCCUUCAGGCUCAACAGCCCAGCCUGCAGUUGAGUCAGACCAAAUCUCCUCAGCAUCUUCAGCAAACUAUUGUGGGGCAGAUCAACUACAUCGUGAGGCAGCCAGCACCUGUCCAGUCCCAGAGCCAGGAAGAGACACCGCAGGCUACAGAUGAGCCCCCAGCAUCUGAGUGCCCAAAGCCAGCUCUCCCUUUGGAUAAGAAUACUGCUGCUGCCUUGCCCCAAGUAUCUGGGGAAGAACCCCCUCCCAAUGUCCCUCCAGUGGACAGCACCAUCCAGCACUCCUCUCCGAAUGUGGUGAGAAAGCACUCCACCUCAGUGAGCAUCAUGGGCUUUUCCAACACUCUGGAGAUGGAAUUGUCAUCUACCAAGCUGGCAAGGACCCUAGAGCCACAGAUCCCAAGUGUGAGCAGCCUGACAGCUGGCCCCCCUCAAGCAGUCCCAAGCUUGCUGAGUGGCCCCCCCAAAACUGUGUCUAGCCUGACAAGUGUUCAAAACCAGCCCAUCCCCAGCCUGACAACCAGUCAGCUACAGACCAUGCCUAGCCUUGUGCGUAGCACUUUCCACUCCAUGCCCAACCUGAUGAGUGAUUCCUCCCAGGCCAUGGCAACACUAGCAAGUGAUCACUCUCAAGCCAGGCCCAGCCUAAUGUCUGGUAAUGCCCUGGAUGUGCCAAGCCUGGCAACUUGUCCUCUGCAGAGCAUGCCUCCAGUUUCUGACAUGCAGCUGGAAUCGGGGUCCAGCUCCAGUCUUGGCUCUGGCCAAAGUACAGGAAUCCUGUGCCCUGGGCAAGGGCCUGACCCCUCUCCAGGGAAUGCCCUGUGUAAGAUGGAAAGUGAGGAUUCCACCUGCUUGACUGACUCACUGGGACAAGGCCCCACGGCCCCUGGUCUGGAUGCUCCCAAGGACUUAGCUAUCCCCUCAGAACUUGAGGAGCCCAUUAACCUCUCUGUGAAAAAACCUCUACUAGUACCAGUUGUCAGUACAUCUACAGCUCUUCAGCAGUACCAGAAUCCAAAAGGUGAGGCUAAAGAGUAUGAGAACUUUGGACAAGGAGCCCUAGAGCUGGAUACAAAAGAGAACCAGAGAAGCAGAGCCUUCAACAAUGAGUCCAAGAUUCCCUAUGUACGACUGGAGAGGCUCAAGAUCUGUGCUUCCUCCACCGGAGAGAUGCCUGUGUUCAAGCUGAGGCCACAGAAGAAUGAUCAGGAUGGGAAUGUCUUGCUAAUCAUUGAAUGUGGCACUGAGUCCUCUAGCAUGUCUGUUAAGGUCAGCCAGGGAAGCCUGCCUGAUACCAUCAAGGCCCCGGGUCUAGGGGGAAGAAAGGUCACUGUCACUUCUCUGGCUGGGCAGCGGCUACCAGCAGUGGAGGGUACAUCUUGUGAAGAACACAGACUCAUACCUCGAACUCCUGGAGCCAAGAAGGGCCCCCCAGCCCCAAUAGAGAAUGAGGAUUUCUGUGCGGUGUGCCUCAAUGGCGGAGAGUUGCUAUGUUGUGACCGCUGCCCCAAAGUGUACCAUCUUUCCUGUCAUGUACCAGCCUUGCUCAGCUUCCCAGGGGGAGAGUGGGUGUGUACCUUGUGCCGCAGCCUGACCCAGCCCGAGGUGGAGUACGACUGUGAGAAUGCCCGCUACAGCCAGCCUGGAAUGCGGACAUCUGCUGGCCUGAGCACAUAUGAUCAGAAGAAGUGUGAGAAGCUGGUACUGUCUUUGUGUUCCAAUAGCCUCAGCCUGCCUUUUCAUGAGCCUGUCAGCCCCCUGGCCCGGCAUUAUUACCAGAUUAUCAAGAGGCCCAUGGACCUGUCAAUCAUCCGGAGGAAGCUGCAAAAGAAGGACCCAGCUCACUAUACCACCCCAGAGGAGUUGGUGUCAGAUGUGCGCCUCAUGUUUUGGAACUGUGCGAAGUUCAAUUAUCCUGACUCAGAGGUUGCAGAGGCUGGCCGCUGCCUGGAAGUAUUCUUUGAGGGCUGGCUGAAGGAGAUAUACCCAGAGAAACGAUUUGCCCAGCCAAGGCAGGAGGACUCAGACUCUGAAGAGGUGUCUAGUGAGAGUGGAUGUUCCACCCCUCAGGGCUUCCCAUGGCCCCCCUACAUGCAGGAGGGCAUCCAACCCAAGAGGCGGCGACGGCAUGUGGAGAAUGAAAGAGCAAAGAGAAUGUCUUUCCGCAUGACCAACAGCAUCUCACAAGUGUGAGAGCUGGGAGGAGACUGAGUGUUCUGGCAGCUGGUGUCCUAUCCUGUUGACCAUUCCUCCUCAUCUUUCAGCUUAUGCUCUUCAGAAUGUGGAUGUGAGAUGAGUCUUGUUGAGCUGUGCAGUGCUCUUCUUUGCCAUUUACAUCUACAGCAUUUAUUUGGGAGCCAUAGUGCAUCCACUAUAGAGAUUUUGGUAAUAAACAGGAAAGAGGGAGG